CUCACCGCUCGUGACUCCGAAGGCAUGUAGUCUGACUGUCUGUCUCUGCUGUGAUCCGUGAAACGGUUGGAGCGUGUGGAAACAAACUACUGCAGUUCGUUAACAAGGAGAGCUUUUCAUUUUACGCAUGUUUCGUUAGGCUCCAAUACUCUCUUCUUCUAUUAGAGAGCAUUUUCUCCGAGUUAACCGGACCAAGACCUAACUUACUCUGAUGUAUUCAACGUGAGCCUCACUAUUAUGUGUAUAUGACGGUUAAUUUAACAGUAUUUUACACUCGUAUCGAAUGAGCUAGCCAUUCACACCGGUAAUAAAAUGUCUGAGAAGAUUUCAGAGAAGCGAUACUCCAGCAUGGACGAGUCCUCACUGCGCAAUCUGCUUGAUAAAACUAUCGACAUAGAUGAGCGGCGUCUGAUCCGUACAGCGAUCCGGGAACUGCGUCGCUGUGAGAUUGAAGAAAUGGAGGCUGCGCUAACCAGCAAGCGUUUCAGACAUGCCCACCAGAGCAGACAUGAGAAUAAAGAAAACCAGUGCCGUCCUGAUUUGACGGCUUCAUUAGACAUGUUGUCGGGGAAGAUUCAGGCUAUAAAUGACAUCGAAGAACUUACUGGACUGUUACAAAGCGCCAGUGAAUAUGAAGAGAGAAAACUGAUUCGGGCAGCCAUUCGCCGGCUCAGAGAUGAGGAGAUACAAGGAGUAUUAGAGAAGGUUCAGGCCGCUGGCCACAGAACAGAGCGACGACCAAAUCCUCAAAGCAGCUUUGACCUACAGGACGGUCAAGAGAAAAUCAAGACAGAAGCACUCAUCAGCCAAUCAGAGAGAAUUGAGAACCACAGAGAAGCCUCGAAUCCUGACAUGGUUUUAGUACUAGAUCCUUUGGUCAGAGAGAAAGUCUCUUGCCCUCUGACCCAGCGGAUCCAAUGCGAUCAUGGCUCACCAUCCUCUGAAGUCAUUCCUUCAUACCGAGAGCGUUCAGACUCCGGAGAAUCGAAUGAUAGCAGCUAUCAUCAGAGAAAGAGGCUGAACUCCAGCGCCUCAGACCGCAGUCACGACUCUCUGUCCACUGCUGGAGAGGAAGUCAGGGCAGCUAUGAAUUCAGAGGCUCUGCAGAUGGAUCGAGAAAAUGGCGUGGAGACGACUCCCUUUCAAGCAUGCACACUGAAUGAGACCAGUACAAGAGCUGAAGACAUCUCAGGACAGAAGAUCACAUCAGGUAGAGGUGCUCUGUUGACUUCUCUUGCUAAUGGCAAGGACACAGAUUUUAUAAACAAAGCCUCAUUCUCCGGGCCCAUCAUUCGUGCAAACUCCGUUCGUGACAGGAUGCGUAAAUUCACCGAACCUGUUACGAGUGCACCUAAAAUCAGCCACAGUUCUUCUCAUUCUACAAACACAGUGUCUGCUGAGAGGUCCUGGGACACCUCAUCCUGUUCUUCCUCCAUCCCAAAGAAAGAGAGGAAUGUCACUGAGAAUGUGUUGGCCCAGCCCAGGCUUUUCUCCAGCCAAUCACACGCAUCAGUGGGCGGCUCACAUGGCCGCACUGAAAAUGUCAGGCGUGCAUGUAGCGAUUCAGAAGAAGUGCAGACUCCUGAGGGAGAAACAUCUUCAGGGACCCACGACACCCAGGGUGAACCCGAGUCCAACAUGAAGACCUUCCUCAGCAUUGAGAUCAAAGAUGGACGAAACCCAGCUUCACAUUCUUUGUUGUCAUCAUCCUCUACAGCCGUAAACAUGAGCCCUCGAAUCAUCACAUCUGCUGCUCCACAGAGAACAGAACUGACGCUUGGUUUAAGAGCAGUGCCAUUCAAAGUGACCAGCUCAAGUCUCUCAUCAGGAUCCUCUGUUAAGAUGGAGACGGGUGAAUCUGUGAGCGAGGCGUCCCGUGAUGUCCCUGUGCUUCCGAACGGCUCAUCCAUGACCUCCAUCAAAACUGAGGUGCAAAGUGAUAAACUGACUUCAGAGAAGCUGCAGGAGAUUGAGGACGAGGAGAUCCUGGACAAAAUGCUUGAUGAUUGCAAAGAUUUUGAAGAAAGGAAAAUGAUCAGGACUGCAAUGAGAGAACUGCGAAAGAAAAAGCGAGAGGCUAGACUGGGAUGCACACAGGAGGAAAUGGACCAGAGAGAGAAGGAACAAGAUCUGCGUCUGCAGGAGCUCAGACAGCAGCGGGAGGGGAGAUCUCAGAAAGCCCGUGAUGAAGUCGUGACGAAGAAGAUCGAGUGCUCUGCAGACGGCUCCACUAUCAGUCACGUCACCAAUCGUGUUUCCCAUUCAGAUGAUAAUGGCAGGACGUCCCGCAGCACUAUCAUGGAAUCCAGCUAUGUUCAAAAGUCAGACAAAGGAACAGUGCAAACUAAAUCCUACAGUUACUCCAGCACCACGUCCACUAGGAAGGUUGGCAGUGUUUUUGACCGUGAGGACAACACAUCUCGUAGCUCGAGCAGAACAUCAGCUCUUGAGCGCAGACAGGCGGAGAGAUCAGAGCUGAUGAGGGCUCAGACGUUACCCAAAACAUCUGCAGCACAGGCACGGAAAGCCAUGAUCGAGAAGCUCGGGAACACUGGAGGCUCUGGAGGCAACUCAGCCAUUACUCAAGUAAACAAGGUGCAGCGCUCCACAAGUUUUGGUGUCCCCAAUGCGAACUCCAUCAAACAGAUGCUGCUGGACUGGUGCAGAUCCAAGACCCGUUCCUAUGAGAAUGUGGAUAUCCAGAACUUCUCCUCCAGCUGGAGUGAUGGCAUGGCGUUCUGUGCUCUGGUGCAUAACUUCUUUCCAGAGGCCUUCGAUUACUCCAGCCUCAGUCCUGCAAACCGCAGGCAGAACUUUGAGGUGGCCUUCAGCACAGCAGAGGCCUAUGCUGACUGCAUGCCCCUGCUGGAGGUGGAGGACAUGAUGAUCAUGGGUAAGAAACCAGACUCCAAGUGUGUGUUCACGUAUGUUCAGUCAUUGGUGAACCAUCUGCGCAAGCAUGAGAUGAUGAUGGCACGGGCGCAGCAGACCUCCAACUUCUGAUGCUCAACACGCUCUUGUUUUAAACCUUUUUUUUUUUUUUUUUAUCCUGUUACAUUUUUAUGGAUGUUACUUACACUAGUUCGUUUAAACACACAGUAGUUGGCCGAAAAAAAAUGAAAAUUGCAUGUUAUAUUUAUUGUAACUCCCAAGAUGCGUCUUACUUGAUUUCAUGUGCUAAAAAUGAAACAUGAUUUUAUAUUGAUUGCCCAUAUGUAUGGUUUUAAAAGCUUUUACGGUACUGCUGUUAAUGGAGCUCAGGCCUGCAUGCUUUCACAAGCUUACUUGAAGUUUUAGUUCGGUUUCAAAAAGAAAUGAAGGUUAUAUGUUCAUUUAUAUGCAAUAUAGUUUAUUUAAAAAUGUUGCAAGAAUAUUACUCUCACUGCUUAUGGCUCCAGCCGCUGAGUGCAAGAUGCAGCUCAUGAACUGUUUUUAAAUGUUUUUCACUUAAUUGAAAGUCUGGUUUUACACUGAACACAGAGCAUUCGGCUAGUUUCUCUGCAGAUUUUGAAGUGAUAUCAAAUACAAAAACAUGCAUGUAUAGAUGCAUUCAUGAUCUGUCCUUAUUUAUGGAUGAGUAUAUUUUGGAUUUGUUGAUAUUCCUGAACUUCAUUUGGAAGCAGUGACGUUUGUCCCAAAACAUAAGCUUAAAGGGUCUGUUUUUGUUCAUCUUUAUGACAUGGCUUUCGGCCAGAAACAAAGUGUAACUUAAAACAGUGUGUGUAUAUAAAUGAGUAACCCUAGUCUUAAGUCAAUUUGAGAAGAAAAAUAUUUAAUCCGUAAAUUCACCUGAAAAGAUGUCAAUGAUGUUUAUAUAUUUGGUUCUAAAAAUUGUUGUAGUUUGAAUUGUUUUAAUGACUGCAAAUAAUUAAAUUUUGAAGACGAAAGUGCUACUGCAGCAGCCACACCAGAAGAGUGACUUUGCUUGGUACACGAAGGUUGCUUGAGUAGAGCUCAUUAACAUUGAUUCACACUGAAAGAUGAACAUUAACAUUAUAAUGUUUGUACACGCUCGUUCAAAAACUGUUGUUCACUCAGUAUUUCCCUACACUUUGGUUUUGUAUAGUAAUCAUUAAAACCAUAAAUGACACCAAAAA